AUGAUGACUCAGUUGGCGCAGCUGUUAAGCAACAGAUUUCGGUGCCGCGGAUUGUGCGUUCGAGAGCAAAAGUUCCGAAAAACACAAAACGAAGAGGUGGGGCCGGCCGCGCAGACGACCGAGGCCAGCGUCCACAUCCAGCGUGACGGCGCGGCGUCCGAGCGCGACGUGUUCAUCGACGAUGAGGGCUCCGGCCUAGGGGUCGACGAGAGCUCCGGCUCCGGUUGGGGGCCCGACGACGAGGACGCGCGCGGCUCAGGUGACGCCCCCGACGCGCCCGAGGAUGACGAGGACUACGCGCCGCGCGGCCCCGCCCCCGCCCCGCAACCGGACCCGCACCCGCACCCGGACCCGGACGCGCCCCAGCCGGACAGCACGCCCCGUCCGGACGACCCGCUCCCACCGGACACCGAACCCCCGAUCCCAACGAAAGUCCGGCAGCCCGAUUUAGUCGGUCCUCGCAUACUAAAGGGUCAAGAAGCAGGAGAGGGGACGGGAGAGUCGCGUGGCGCGGGGGAGGAGCAACCCUCGCGCCCAGACCUCACGGACAUCAGCAUAUCCGGGGAGGACCUCAGCCCAGACAUAGACCAGGAGCAAUCGGGCACGCACAUCGAAACGGACGCGCGGCCCGCGGACAACGGGGUCUUCAUCAUGAACGCGAAACCGGAAGACCGUGCCACCAGCUUCUUCGCGCAGCCCGGCAUCCUCGCCGCCGUCAUCGGCGGAGCGGUUGUGGGCCUGCUGUGCGCGAUCCUGGUGGUGAUGUUCAUAGUGUACAGGAUGCGCAAGAAGGACGAGGGCUCGUACGCGCUCGACGAGCCGAAGCGGAGCCCCGCGGCCGCCUCCUACGGGAAGGGGCACAACAACCGCGAGUUCUACGCG